CAAAAAAUCAACAAAUUGUAAACAAAAACACAUGAGCUCCUUCAUUUCUCCUUUUAAAAAAAUCAUUUAAAUGCUGAAAAAUGUCUCGAAUUAUCGUAAAAAAUCUUCCAAAACGGAUUGACGAGCAAAAACUCCGUGAACACUUUAACCAAAAAGGAAAUGUGACGGAUAUCCAGCUGAAAUACACAAAAGAAGGCAAAUUCCGGCAAUUUGGCUUUGUUGGCUUCGAAACUGACGAACAAGCGCAGGAAGCAAUUAAAUUCUACGACAAAACUUUUAUCGCAACGAGUCGAAUCGCGGUUGAAUUGUGCAAGGAAUUGACCCAACCUGUCGAUGAAAAGUCAAAAAAUGACGAAAACGAUGAAAAAAAUCAAAAAAACAAAGGAAAUGCUUUUGUAAAGGACCUAAUUGACCAACACAAGAACGAUCCGCUGUUCAAAGAGUUCAUCGAAACACACGGAAAAAAAGCUCUUUGGCAAGAUGGGGUCGAAACAGAAGCAGAACCAACUUCAGAACACAAGAAAAUUGAAUCCCCCGAAGAAAAAGAGGACCAAAAAUUGGCAAAUAAGGAGAUAAGUGACAAGGAUUACAUGAAAUCCUUGAUGAAAAAAGGCGAUUCAAAGGGAAAAAAACCGAUGGUUGAGCUUUUUACGGUAAAAUUACGAAAUUUACCGAAAAACACGAAGCGACAAGACGUACAAAAAUUCUUCAAACCCUUGAAACCCGCUUCCGUUCGCAUUCCCGGACUAAAAUUAAGGUUCGCCUACGCUGGAUUCAAAACAAAAACGGAGCUCAAUAAGGCCCUUGCCAAGCACAAAUCCUUUUUCAACGGAAAACAAAUCGAAGUUUACGAUUUUACGGCGAAAAGUCAGUUGCCCGAAGAGACGGGAGCAAAAAAUAACGCCAAAGCUGCCAAAUGGGAAGGACAAAAACUCUCGUUGGAGGGCGAAGAAAGCGUUUGCGAGUCAGGAAAAUUAUUUUUCCGUAAUUUAGCUUAUACCGUUGGCGAAAAUGAUUUACAAAAAGUUUUCGAACCCUUUGGACCAAUUGCUGACAUAAACGUUCCCAUUGACGCGACAACGAGAAAAAUUAAGGGAUUUGGCACUGUGACGUUUGUGAUGCCGGAACAUGCAGUUAAGGCCUACAGUAAAUUGAAUGGCUCGAUGUUCCAUGGGAGGAUGUUUCAUUUGUUGCCCGGAAAAAUGGAUGAAAAAGACAAAGAAGGAGAUGAGGAUGACACGAAUUUUAAGAAGAAGAAGGAGGAAAAGUUGAAAAAGACUGCGGGAUCGUCACAUAAUUGGAAUACGCUCUUUUUGGGACCGAAUGCUGUGGCGGAUGUGCUUGCGAGGGAUUAUCAAAUGACGAAAGAAGGGAUCUUGGAUACCCAUGCAGGAGGUUCAAGCGCCGCAGUUCGACUCGCCUUAGGAGAAACCGAAAUAGUGCAAAAAAUGAAAAACUUCCUUGAGGAAAAUGGCGUCUCACUAAAAGCCUUCGAAGGAGUACCCAAAGAACGCUCAAAAACUGUUCUUUUAGCGAAAAAUUUACCCGCUUCCACGUCAGAAGGAGAUCUCAAACCAAUGUUUGCCAAAUUUGGACCUUUGGGGCGUUUCGUUUUCCCGCCUUCAGGCGUGACUUGUCUCAUCGAGUACUUGGAUCCAUCAGAAGCGAAAAAAGCAUUUAAAGGCUUGGCUUAUAAAAUGUUCAAAGGACAACCUUUGUACUUGGAAUGGGCUCCUGAACAGACAUUUACGGGUGAAAAACCAUCAAAACCUGCUUCGGAUGAAUCUAAAACUGAAAAAUCCGAAGAAAAAGAAGAAAAACAAGAAAUUGUCAAAGAAGAAGUGAAACAAAUUUCAACGAAUGACGAUCCUCCGGAAGAAGGCACGACACUUUUCAUCAAAAAUUUGAACUUUAAAACGGUUGAAGCGACAGUUUAUCGUCAUUUUGAGAAAAUUGGAGACAUUCACACGGUUCAAGUUGUGAUGAAACCCGAUCCGAAGAACGUCAAGGCCAAAGUUUCCGCUGGUUAUGGAUUUAUUCAGUUCAAAAAACGAGCUUCACUUGAAAAGGCGUUGAAAAAUUUGCAAUUUUCUGAGAUCGAAGGCAAUAAAAUUGAGUUGAAACGCAGUGAUCGAACCUUGAAGGGUGCGGAAACUGCUCGAAAAUCGACAUCAACAAGCAAUAGUAAACAAACUGGCACGAAAUUGCUCAUUCGAAAUAUUCCGUUUCAAGCUAAAGAGUCUGAAUUGCAGGAUAUUUUCAAGGUAUUUGGUGAACUAAAAGCCCUUCGUUUGCCGAAGAAAAUGAACGCCGACACACAUCGAGGUUUCGGAUUUGCUGAAUAUUACACGAAAGAAGAGGCAAAACGUGCUUUUGACGCGUUAUCAAGCAGUACCCAUCUUUACGGGCGUCGUUUGGUGCUUGAAUGGGCGAUGGAAGAAGGCGUUGAGGACAUUCGGAAACGAACAGCGGAUCAUUUUGCGGGCGACGAUCGAAAACCCAAGAGAAAAGGCAACGCUGUCUUCAAUAUGGAUGAACAGGAUGUCGCAGGAGCAGCUGGCGAUGAUGAUGAUUAAAAAUAAAAAUAUUUUAUUUUAUUUACAAAAUUUGA